GUGUGUGUAGCUUGCUCGUUCGUUUGGUUGACAAUCGCGAUGUGAUGUAUCCUACAUCAUCGCAUGCUGAGUUAUAUUUUCAACAAAUCUUUUUAAUUUUUGUAUUAGUUACAACAUUUAUUUCUAGAUGUUUUCUUUCAUUGUGGUCACGUUUCUCUGUUUUGAUUUCUAAAUAUGUGUAAUUUGCCGCCGAAGUUCCAUUCAGUGUGUCGCCUUUGUUUAUCAUUCUGUGGCGAUAAUUGCAGUGAUGUUAAACUACCAAUAUUCGAUCGUGAUAAGGAUAAAUCACGACUUUCCGAAAUGAUAAUGACAUAUUUGUCAAUAAUGGUUUCUCCAGAGGAUAUGCUGCCACAGGUGGUUUGUGGGAGCUGUGCACACAAACUUGAUGAGUUCCACACAUUUAGAGAAUUAUCACACAAAUCUGAGCUACUUUUGCAACAAUUUGUACAGUACGCAAAUUCCCUGACUGGUGUGAAAGAGGAUAUCCUGAAUAUAACGGCGGACAAAUUAGAAGAAAUAAUCAGGCCACUCAACGAUAGUGAAUACGACGAUGAGGGUAAACACAAGUACUCAGAGAUAGGAUCCCCCGACUCCACGGAGGAAAUGAAAAACUUAGAGAGCCGUCAGGCUGCGGUUACACUGCUUCAAAUAAAAAACUACGAUCCGUCUAAAUACGCUGUCAAGACUGAGGAAAGUCCUCACAUAAUGUUCAACAGCGUUCCGAGUUUACCGCCUUCCGAUAGAGCGAGAGAGGUUAUGCAUUGUAAUGCCGUCAUCGAUAUUAUAAGCAAGGCUGUCGCGGUCGCGCAGCGAGAAAAUGAAGAAUCUCAUAACUUCUCGCCUAACUACACAAGUGUCAUUGACAGGACGCAUGCACCCAGUGCAACCGAAGUGACAUAUGCGCAGGAGUACUCCGAGGACCAGUACACAUACAAUGCUCCGCAGAGCGCGACCAGCCCCGGCAGCAACGACGGCCAUGAUCACAAAGAAAUGGACCUAUCUCUAUACGGCUCGAUCAAGAGUGAGUCUGUGGAACAGUGCGAGCAAACGGAUCGAGACGUAUCCGGGGGUUACCUACAGAAAACGAUAGCAAGCAAUAAAACGACAAGCUUCGCAGAUGAGUACAAACAGCAUGUCUUUGGUCGUUCAAGUAACAAAGCGAAACAGACACAAGAUAACUCAGCAUAUGAAGAAUGCAGUCAAAGCAGUAGUGGUUCAGAUCCGGACAGAUUACAGAUGGAUAUUUCUGAGGUGUCCCAGGAUGACCCAGAAGAGACCCAGUCGGUGCCAUCUGCCCAGUCAUCGCCAAAACCUCCACAUGAAAACGACGGUGAUAAAGAUACUCUAUGGCAGGCUCUUUACAGACAAAAUGGUCGCGGCGGAGAAGCGACGCAACUACUAAGGCGGUUGAUCAACAGCAAGCACCUCGGUAUGACGGUGUCACCACUGCGCGGUACCACGUCACCAUCACCUGCACCCACGGCAAACGGGGCAGUUUCACCGAACGGCGAGUGGGCGAGCGGGCGCGGCGCGGGCGCGGGCGGCACGGCGCGCAGGAAGCAGAGCUGCCCGGCGCGCGCGCACCCUGUAUCACAGACUAAAGAUCUCAAAAGCGACGUUCUUCAACAGGAGGCGUCAGAGGGUGGGGCGACAGCAGUGGGCGGAGCGGGUGGCGGGGGCGGGGCGCGCGCCGUGCCGCGCGUGGAGCUGUCGUGCAGCAACUGCGGCACGCACACCACCACCAUCUGGCGGCGCGACGCGCGCGGCGAGAUGGUGUGCAACGCGUGCGGCCUGUACUACAAGCUGCACGGCGUGCCGCGCCCCACCGCCAUGCGCCGCGACACCAUCCACACGCGCCGCCGCCGCCCGCGCCACGACGGCAAGCACGCGCGCAGCAAAUCUCGACGCAGCGGCGGGGCGAGUACGGGCGUGCCGGUGGGCGCGGCGACAGGCGGGGCGGGGUCGGAGGGCGCGGAGGAGGCGGUGCUGGUGGCGCUGCGGCGCCAGCUGCAGCCGCACCUGCUGGCCGCGCUGCACGCGCACGCGCCGCGCCCCGCGCAGGUGGGGCGCAGCAUGUCGGAGUACGACGAGGCGCCGCUCAACCUCGUGGCCGGCCACGUGGGCGCCGAGGAGACGCACUGACUGCGACCGCCGCCCGAGCCUCUCGCGGACUCUGCACUCAUUAUC